UUUCAAAGUUUGAUCUUAGAAGCCUUUAAUGUUUUCCAGACACGUUUUGAACGGUUGUGUCAUAACAGUAUAAAGCCAUGAACUGACUAAUGUAUUUCGUAACAAGCAUUUAGAGUUUUAAGUGUCUUUUCAUUUUAUGUCGUCGACUGUUGGUUUAUGUCUUCGUAAAAAAACAAACAAACAACCUUUUGCCUCCCGUCACAACUUUCAGAUUUGUGUUUUAGAAUGUUCAGUCACGAAAUGACCACUGAAUUUCUAAAAACCCGUACUUAAGCGGUACUGCGUCGCUGAUGAGCUUGUCCAGGUUGAAGAGGAGGUGUGGUCUGCCUCGCGCAUCCUGCCCCCUCCACUUAAAUGUUGCGCGGAUGUGCCGCACUUUCUGUCUUGUCGCUGAGCUUUGGAUUUCAAAUUGCUUUUCAAUUUACUUUCGGUCGUAAAGGUUUUUACAUAUAAUUUACAUACGUGUAUUGCAUUUUACGUAAAAAGCGAAAAACAGGUAUUUUACAAGGAUGGCGAAAGAGGCAUUAGUUGCUGCGAUCGUGGUUUUGUGGCUACUUUGCUGUCCAGUGAAUAGCUGGGUUAACGGGGGAUUUCAAGGCGCCAUUCCCCAUCACAAUAAAUACAGCCCAAACGAGUCCGAACAGUCAGCGCAGACACCACAGAGUGGGGCCAGGAUAGGGCCGUCUGCGCCUGCGGAUGAGGUGCUGGAGUCUAGCCAUGAGGCUUUACACGUAACGGAACGCAACUAUCUGAAACGUGACUGGUGCAAAACGCAGCCACUAAAACAGACGCUCUACGAGGAGGGGUGUAUCAGCCGCACAAUCAUAAAUAGCUUCUGCUAUGGACAGUGUAAUUCAUUUUAUAUCCCUCGACAUGUUUAUCAAGAAGACAGCGCCUUCCAGUCCUGCUCAUUUUGCAAACCAAAAACAUUUACGUUUGUCACCUAUGCUUUAAUAUGUCCGGGACAGAACCCAAGAACCAGGAGGAAACGCGUCCGGCGUGUGAAACAGUGCCGUUGUACUUCAAUAGAUCUGGAUUAAUACCAGUUCAAUUUCUGUUUGUUUUCU